CAGCAACACAAGCAUUACUCAGUAGUUGACUUAAGACCACAUUUUCAAUACGUCUAAUUGCACAGUGAGGACAAAUGGUGAACUGCGUAUCUGUCAUGUCAAUGUUACAAUCCGGCGCUUCCUGCACUGUAAAAGGAAGUUGUUACCAAUACUUUCUCACGAACCCGACAAGAUGAAGCAUCAGUUUAUUUGACUCAAACGGACUGAAGCACUGUUUGUAAAACAAAACAAAAAUUAUAAUAAAAGUCUCAUGGCUUUGAGCUCCGAGGGCCGGGCGCAGCCCCCGCCUCUCUCCUUUAUGGGGCUCUCACAGGCCGGCUGCAGCACCGUUCUCAUGUCGGUGCGGGUCUCCGUCUGCCACUCGGGUAUCAGACCGCUGUGUCUACCCGGGGCCGGGGAUGAGUCGCUCCGGCUCCAACUCAGUAUGGAUCCGGGGAAGGCAGGGGAAUUCCGCCUAGCGCUGCGUGACACCAGUGGCGCCAGCACAGGCAGAAGCGUGUCCAUCGUGGAAUACAACCUGCGUGACAUCCGCUACGAGCUGAAGAGCAGCCGCUGUCACGAGCUGGCACUGCUGGGACAGCCUGACGAGCGCAUGACCUUCAACUUCAAGGAUGAGAAGGAGGCUCAGGAGUGGUCGACCAUCAUCACCACCUCUGUGCGCGAGGUGCAGAGAGUGGCUGCCACCUCCUCGGGCACCCCCCUGAAUAUGCCCCCCUCUCGGGCACAGGACCGCACACUGCAGCUUGAACACCUGUUACCCAAAGCCUCUGCUGAAUUGCCCAAGACAGAGGAGCUGUCGUCCCAGCUGUCCCAAGCUAUCGAGGCCGGAGACAUGCAGACAGCUUCCGAUUGUGCAACGGCACUUGCUCGCCAGCAGGUGUCACUGCGCAUCCAGCAAAAAGAGAGCAACUACAUGGAGAGGGAGAUUAGUAUAAAGGUAGGGGUGGAAGAUGCUACAACUUCCUGUUGUGUCACUGUAAAAGUCUUCCCCUACAUGACCAUAUCCUCACUAAAGCAGCAGGUGUUCCGUGACUACGGCUUCCACUCACGUGUGCAGCGCUGGGUUAUCGGGCAGAGCCUCUGUGCGGACAGUCGAACACUGGCCUCCUACGGGGUGCGGCGUGAUGGUGACACUGCCUUUCUGUACCUGGUGUCGGCGCGGCAGGCUCGGCUCUCUCGCCAGCGCUACGAAGAGGAGCAGGAGAUCACCAUGCUGUCUGCCGGAGAGCCCCUCAGCAACGGCAACCGGCUGCCCCCGCUGGACAGGAGGGGCUAUAGCACCCUGCCGACCAGACUGCCGCAGAAUAGAGUUCCAGUGAGAGAUGGCGGGGCAGAGCGGAUGGGUGUUGGUGACAUCAGAGAGUUGAUCAACCUAGAGAUGCUUCAGCUGAACGAGGCUCUGAGUCUCAACCCAGCCAACAGAGCCCCCAGCUCCACAAUGCCAUCUGGCCCUCAGACUGGCUGGUCUUGUCCUUCCUGCACCUACAUUAACAAGCCCACACGGCCGGGCUGUGAAAUCUGCAGUCAUGACCGCCCCGUGGACUACGUGGUACCGGGGGGUUAUCAGCCCGACGAGGAGGAGCUCUGGAGGAUCCAGCAGGAGAAGGAGGCAGUCUGGCAGUACCAGCAGGUUCGUGAGGCGCAGCGCAGGCUGAACUUCGAGACGCUGCUGCAGACGGACUCGCAGGACCUGGUUCCGAACCAGCAGGGGGUGGAGUGUCGGAUCUGCUAUCUGGAGCUGGGGCCGGGGGAGGGGGUGCUGCUGAGAGAGUGUCUGCACUGCUUCUGCAGAGAUUGCCUGCGAUCGGUGAUCAAUCUGAGUGACGAUCCUGAAGUGUCGUGCCCGUAUCGUGAUGAAGCGUACGCCUGUCACAGCAAGAUCCAGGAGCGCGAGAUCCGUGCACUGGUGUCUCCGGAGCAGUAUCGUUGUUACCUGGACCGUGGUCUUGCAGUGGCGGAGUCUCGCUCUGACAGCAGCUAUCACUGCGCUACUCCAGACUGCCGGGGCUGGUGCGAGUACGAGGACAGUGUCAACGAGUUCCCCUGCCCCAUCUGCAAAAAGCGCAACUGUCUGCUGUGCAAGGCAAUUCAUGAGGGGAUGAACUGUCGGCAGUACCAGGAUGACCUGCAGUUCCGUGCCAUCAAUGACUCGGCCGCACGCAAAACUACUGAGAUGCUCAAUACCCUCGUCCAGACAGGUGAGGCCAUGCACUGCCCCAAGUGCAGGAUCAUUGUUCAGAAGAAGGAGGGCUGUGAUUGGAUACGCUGCACCGUGUGUCACACCGAGAUCUGCUGGGUCACCAAGGGGCCGCGCUGGGGGUCGGGGGGCCCAGGAGACAUCAGUGGCGGGUGCCGGUGUAACGUCAACAGACAGAGGUGCCACCCACAGUGCCAGAACUGCCACUAGAGUCACCUGUGCUGACUUCUGGUACUGCAAAGAGGGAGUGACAAUGGUUGGUAAAGACAGCUGGGUUCAGCUCAGGAAACAGCAACUGAAGUCCUGCUCACUUCACUGCUAACCCACGCAGGCAACAACGCUAGGCAAUACCUAAGAACACAUUGGUGUUGGAGGGGCUUGGAAUCUGAUGUAAUCACAUUUUUGUUUUGUUAGGCUUUGGCAUUUCUUUAACGCUGUGAAAUGUGAAUACUAACCUUAAAAAAUAUUAUAAUAAUGUAACACUUGAGGCAUGUAGCAGCUUUCACAUUAUAUUAUUUUAGAGCAAGCACAGUAGAAAGCUUUGGGAUGAACCGACGUGUAAAACCGAUAGCCGCUCUGACCUUGAGUGGAUGAAAAUCAGCUGAUAUCUUACACAGCACCCUGUGCUACAUAUGGUUUUUAUAAUAUCUAGUUUAAUAAGAAGAAUUAAACAGUAUAGCUAAUUGUAAUGUGUGAGCUUUUCCACAUGUUACAACAAGCCAUGUGAAACAGCCAUCUGAAAUCUCUCUGUAUCUGGUAGCUCGUAUCAAUGUCAGGGUCUACUAUACGUUACAAUACAAUACAGUAUUCACAGUGCUUUCUUAUAUAUAUUUUUUUUUAAUGUUUUGAUGGAUAAAAAGUAUUUAUCGUAAAACUGUUCUGGGCUGUUUUCGGAUGCUUUUAAAAAGGUCUAGAAAUGUAGUUAAUCUCUUCUGAUAUGGAGCUUGGUAAUUGAGCCCCCCAUGACAUCUGUCUGGUUUGCCGGUGCUCACUGUAAGCACCCUCAUAGAAGUUUCCCAUAGUAAAAGCAUAAGUGUAAUAAAGCGUAGGCAAGCAUCGUAAAGCAUAGCUAAGCAUUGUAAAGCAUGGAGAGAUAUAGGAAAGCAUAUGACAAACCAUCGUAGACUUGUAAAUGUAUAGUUACAACCAUGCAAAAACUGCAACAGUACAGGUAGGCAGAGAGACAGAAAAAUCUGAUGUCAACCAGGUUUCAAGGUGAAAGGGGAUGAGGAGAAACUGCAAACCUUUUUUGAUGAAAAGAAAGAGAGGUAGCAGAAUAUGCCAAUAGAGACCAUUUGAAUUUGAGAGGGAGAGAACAGAUGAGAAUGAGACCAGUGUUUAAACUCACUUGUGGUUAGAGGGGAGAAAAAAAGGCAGCAUCAUUUUAAAGGUCUUUUUCAGCUGUGUACAGUUUUACCCAUUACCUGUUGGGUUUGCUUUCAUUAUGAUGAUCUCUUUUACAUUUCUGUCUGUUCAAACUGCAUGGAAAUUGUUCUGCUAGACACACCCUACACGUAAUGUAUAAAGUAUUGCUCAGACUCAUGAACUCCUAUUAAACAAGCAUGAAAAGGAUUUUUUUUGUUUUACUUCAGAAUUUUGCUGAAAGUUCUGAGCACUGGAUGACAUUUACUGUAUACACAAAUCCGUAUCAGUGGUUGGUGGAUUUCUUGUGUGUGAUU